GUUAUGACCAGUUAUACUACGUGCUUUGUAUGGGUUAUAUCGUAUAAGUGCUUUGUUGACCAGUGCCCUAACCAACUCGUCAUUUCAUAGUGUACUAUUACUCGUAUUUAAGUGAAUUCGAUAUAAUUUCCGUGUGGAAUGUCGGAUUCAGAGGCGAGCAAUCUAUCAGAUAAUGAAAGCGAUCGAGGAGUUGGCGGCAGCGAAAGUGAUCAAGAAGAGAACCAUUCAGUGAAAUCCGCAGCUGGCAGCGAUGGUGGAAACGCUGGUGAAAGAUCACGUAGCGUCUCUCGCAGUAGAAGUCCGUCCAGGUCACGAUCGAGGAGUCCACGCAGGUGGCGAUCACGGUCUCGAUCAGCCAGCGGUUCAGAGGAUGGUAGAGGAGAAGAAGCAGAGGAAGCAAGAUCUGGUGAUGAAGAGAUGGUGGAGCCUGAGGAAGAACCUGAAGGCGAAGAUUUGGAAGGAAGUAGCGAAUAUGACGAGGAAGAAGAAGAGGAGGACGAUGAUAGACCUCGUAGGAAAAGGAGAAAAGACAAAUAUCGUGAUUUUAUCAUAGACGAAGCUGAAGUAGAUGAUGAAGUUGAAGAUGAUGAUGAAUGGGAAGAAGGUGCCCAAGAAAUUGGUAUAGUUGGAAAUGAAGUGGACGAGUUGGGUCCUACUGCCAGAGAAAUUGAAGGCAGGCGUAGAGGAACUAAUCUUUGGGAUUCUCAAAAGGAAGAUGAAAUAGAAGAAUAUCUUAGAAAAAAGUAUGCAGAUGAAUCUAUUGCUACUCGGCAUUUUGGUGAUGGCGGUGAAGAAAUGAGUGAUGAAAUCACACAACAAACUUUACUGCCAGGUGUGAAAGAUCCAAAUCUGUGGAUGGUAAAGUGCCGUAUUGGAGAAGAAAAAGCAACAGUACUAUUGUUAAUGCGAAAAUUUAUAACAUACCAAUAUUCAAAUGAACCUCUUCAAAUAAAAUCUAUUGUUGCACCUGAAGGAGUAAAGGGUUAUAUUUACAUAGAAGCGUACAAACAACCACACGUGAAGGCAGCCAUUGAAAACGUAGGAAAUCUAAGAAUGGGUAUUUGGAAACAACAGAUGGUACCGAUCAAAGAGAUGACCGAUGUGUUACGUGUAGUUAAAGAACAGACAGGCUUAAAAGCGAAACAAUGGGUUAGACUAAAAAGAGGCAUUUAUAAAGAUGACAUAGCUCAAGUUGACUAUGUUGACUUGGCACAGAAUCAGGUUCAUUUGAAAUUGUUGCCCAGAAUUGAUUAUACUAGACCACGUGGAGCUUUGAGAACAGCACAAAGCGAAUCUGAAGCCUUAAAACGCAAGAGAAAAAGAAGACCAGCAGCCAAACCGUUUGACCCCGAAGCAAUUCGUGCUAUUGGAGGAGAAGUCACUAGCGAUGGUGACUUCUUGAUUUUCGAAGGAAAUAGAUAUAGUAGAAAAGGAUUUUUGUAUAAAAAUUUUACCACAAGUGCGAUUAUCGCAGAAGGUGUGAAACCAACAUUAUCUGAACUAGAAAGGUUCGAGGAGGCUCCCGAGGGUGUCGAAUUAGAUUUAAGCGGAACUCCAGCAACUGGUGCGGGUAAUAAAGAAGAUGCGAUGGUGACCCAUUCUUUCAGUACAGGGGACAAUGUCGAAGUAUGCGAGGGAGAAUUGAUUAACUUGCAAGGAAAAAUUGUCUCUAUAGAUGGAAACAUGAUUAUGGUUAUGCCAAAACAUGAGGAGCUUAGAGAAGCCUUAGAAUUUCAAGCGUCUGAAUUACGAAAAUAUUUCACUAUGGGUGACCACGUUAAGGUUGUUGCAGGAAGAUAUGAGGGUGAUACCGGUUUAAUAGUCCGAGUCGAACAAAAUAGAGUAGUUUUGUUUUCUGAUCUUUCAAUGCAUGAAUUAGAAGUGCUUCCAAGAGAUCUACAACUUUGUUCGGAUAUGGCAACUGGAGUGGACAGUUUAGGUCAAUUUCAAUGGGGUGAUUUAGUACAGCUGGACGCACAAACCGUGGGUGUAAUUGUUCGAUUGGAACGUGAAAAUUUUCACGUACUCUCAAUGCAUGGCAAGGUCAUAGAAGCUAGACCUCAGGGUCUCACAAAGAGACGUGAGAAUAGAAAUGCGGUGGCGUUAGACUCACAACAGAACACUAUACAAAGGAAAGACAUUGUCAAAGUGGUAGAUGGUCCACACGCUGGAAGGGGCGGCGAAAUAAAACAUUUGUACAGAAGCUUUGCAUUUUUGCAUUCGCGAAUGUUCGUUGACAAUGGUGGAAUCUUCGUUUGCAAAACGAGACAUUUGCAACUUUCUGGUGGAAAUAAGUCCAAUAUAUCGUCUAUGUCACCUGUGGCAGGAUUCAUGUCGCCAAGAAUAGCUUCGCCAAUGCAUCCUAGUGGAGGUGGCUUCGGAAGAGGUGGCGGAGGUGGAAGAGGCAGAGGUCGUGGUGGUGGAGCCAGACGUGACAGAGAAUUGAUAGGAACCACUAUCAAAAUAACUGGUGGGCCGUAUAAGGGAAAUGUUGGAAUAGUAAAAGACGCUACAGAGACAACUGCUCGUGUAGAAUUACACUCCACCUGUCAGACCAUCUCCGUGGACAGAUCUCACAUUGCGAACGUUGCUGUACUCACAAAGGAUGGUGGUUUCAGCAGUUACAACAGGACACCAGCAUAUGGUGGUGGACAGACACCCAUGUAUGCUAGAGAUGGAUCGAAAACACCCAUGCAUGGCUCUCAAACACCAAUGUACGAAAAUGGUUCUCGUACACCUCAUUAUGGCUCGAUGACACCAUCCCACGAUGGUUCACGCACACCGGGACAAUCUGGUGCUUGGGAUCCAGCUGUUACAAAUACUCCUGCCAGAACGAACGACUUCGAUGGAUAUAGUAUGGAAGAAGGCGGAUCUCCAGGUUAUGCGCCAGGUUAUCCUUCAACUGGACCUUUCACGCCACAAACGCCUGGCACGAUGUACGGUUCAGAGCAGAGCUUCAGUUCAUAUCAACCGAGUCCUAGCCCGGCAGGAAGUGCCAGUGCAAGUCCAAGUCCUACAGGAUACGUUGCAACUCCCUCACCAAGUGGUACUGGAUAUACUACUAGUCCGCAUGGAGCCUUUGCCACACCUUCACCCAUGGGUUACAGUCCUAUGACUCCAGGAGUUGCAGGUAGUCCAUACAAUCCACAGACACCAGGCGCUGGUCUAGAUACAAAUGUCGGUUCUGGAAUCAUUGGAGGAGCCGAAUGGCACACAACAGAUAUUGAGGUUCGAAUUCGUGACUCUCAUCAAGAUCCUGCGUUAGCUGGACAGCAAGGUGUUAUUCGGGGAAUAUCCGGUGGCAUGUGUUCAAUCUUCCUACCUGUAGAAGACAGAGUAGUGAAUUUGAUUUGCGAGGAGUUAGAACCGGUAGUUCCAUCGCGAGGUGACCGAGUCAAAGUGAUUAUCGGAGAAGACAGAGAAGCAGUAGGCACUCUGCUAUCCAUAGAUAACCAAGAAGGUGUAGUGAAAUUGAACAAGGACGAAGUGAAAAUGUUGCACUUGCGGUUUUUGUGCAAGAUGAAGGCAUCGAAUACAUAAUUUUUCAUUCCAAGAUAAUUUCCUAAAUAGAUGGGAAGGAGGAAUCCACAAAGACAAUUUUUACAAGGGGAGCAACUUCGAAAGAUUUAUAAUGAAAAUCUUGCAAGCAACAUUGAUGACUUUACGUUGUAUUUCUUGUUAUGUUUAAAAGUAGUAUCUAAAUUAUGUAAUUAUUAAGUGUAUAUAUAAAUAAAUAAAUAAAUAAAUAUAUAUAU